AUGGAUUUAUUUUUCUUAGUUCUUAUUUUAUUAAAUAUUAUUCAAAUUGAUGGUUCACUUGAGUCAUGUCGUCAAACAUUCGGCUCGCAUAAAUAUGAUCUUAAUCAAUUAAGUGAUUUAACAAUUCUUGGUACCGGUGGAUUAUUUCGAUAUGCACUUACUCCUUGUGGUUUAGUACCAACAAAUACAUGUGGUAAAAACACAUUGCCAUUUGAACGAGGUAUGACUUCAUGUCAAGAAAGAAUCGCAACAGCGACGUUUGAGGCAUCUAUGGGGUUUCUUGAUGGAUAUGGCAAGUCACCUAAUCUUCAAUUUAGUGAAAAUCCCCAAGGACCAGGCACUGGGAUCAUUAUGAAUAUAAGCAAUGCUUUGUGUAACGGAGGUCCACGUCUUGUUAAAAUUACAUUCAUUUGUGACAAAAAUAUUAAAAAACCAACAACAAUGAGCGUAUCUGAAAAUCCUGCAUGCCAGUUUACGGUUACAAUAAAAGCAGCUGAAGCUUGUCCUCUUACAAAAGAUUUGACUGGUGGAGCUAUUUUUAUUAUAAUAUUGUUCGUCUUAGUAAUUGUUUAUGUUGUUAGUGGCGUUUUAUAUAAUCGAUUUAAACGCAAAGAAACAGGCUUAGCACUUUUACCACAUGUGAGUUUCUGGUUACAUCUAGGUGGAUUAAGUCUUCAUGGUUGCAAAUUUACUUGGAAUUGUAUUCGUCGUUGUAGUUGGCAAACAUCGACACCGUCAACAGCAUACGAAUCAGUGUAA